GUAAGUUAAACGAAAUUUCAAUCCAAAAUGUUUGGGACUUUGUUUGGGUGAUAAGAGAGCGAUGUUGGUGUUCCGAAGAUUGAUCCAGAAUCCUCCUAUGAAUGACGAUAAGAGAUGAGAGAACAAAGCUUUGGAGAUAAAAUGCAUGGAAUAACUCUCCCUCUCACUGCAACUGCAAAUAGCUUCCUUUUGAGAUCUCCUCUACCAAGUUGUUUCAUACCCACUUGUAAAGUUAGCUACGGAUUUCGUUUUAACCAUUCUCAGUGGAAGCACCAUAAAACAGAAGGAUGGAGCAAUAGGAAUAGAACGAUGGUGGUGAGAGCAAGGCGUAGCGAGUCACCGUAUGAUGUUUUGGGAGUGUCUCCAUCAGCAUCCGUCGACGAAAUCAAAAAGGCCUAUCGGAAACUUGCUCUUAAGUAUCAUCCCGAUGUUAAUAAAGAGGAUAAGGCACAGGAGAAGUUUAUGAGGAUAAAACAUGCAUACAAUACAUUGCUAAAUUCUAGUUCCCGCAAAAAAUAUGAUUCUGGAAGUCGAGGUUAUGAUUUUUCUCAAGGAAGCCGAAGUAGGAAUGUACAAACUGAAGAAGAAUUUUAUGGACUAGGUAAUUUUUUGAGGGAUGUUCAAAUAACAAUAGGUAGAUACAUACUCUCUGAGGACUUCUUUAAGGAUCUUCAAGAAGAAUUCAAGAACUGGGAAGCAAACGCUGCUUCACAAGGAAAGCCAAAGAGUCUAUGGGAGGAAUUGGCGGAAAUAGGAGAAGAAUUUGUGGAGUUCCUUGAGAAAGAACUUAAUAUUACUGAUCAAAAUGAUGAUUAUAAAACGUCUCAGGGAGAAAAUACAUCCAACUUUUCUGGGACGGAGACACCAAGCAAUAGCAGUCAAGGUGAAGCUAGCAAGGGAAACAGAAGCGUUGACGAUAACAUUGAGGAAAUAGAAGCUACUCUGGCUCAGUUGAAAAAGGAAUUAGGUUUAUAGCAUAAAAGGAUUAGGUUCCUCCAUUUGGUAGAGAGAAAAAGUCACAGAAUUCAUUGCCUCUCAUUCUUGGCACAAGACAUGGCCUUUAAUUAUGUGAAGGCAUAUCUCUUGGUGGCCAUUGGGAACCAAAGUCACCAAAUUGACUAUGUAACACUAGGGCUUCAUCUGUUUUAUUUUUUUUGUUUUCGGUGUUAGUUGGGUGGGUAGGGGCAGUAUAACAACACUAAAACUUAAAUCAUGGAUGUAUUUGGUGAGAUGAAUGCAAGAGAAAUGUAAAGGGAUUAUAAUUUAUUUGGUUUGUGAAACAUUUUAUGCGGAACUCGAAACAUUGACAAAUUUAUUUGGAUUCUAAGGACAUUUACAAACAAAUGUAAAGGGUCCACUUCGUGAA